GAUUCCGCCGUCUCCAUGGCAACCGGGGACGCCUCCCGCUUGGCUCGGCCGGAGUGGUGCUGCGAGAAUAGUUCAGACGCGGCGGAGGGGAGGGCCCUCGGCGACAUGAGGGGCACGGAGGCCGCGGCGGCGGCGGCGGCGGCGGCGGCGGCCACAGUGAUGCGGGAGGAGGACGAGGACGAGGACGAGGAGGAGGAGGAGGAGGACCAAGACGAGCACGAGCGCGAGGGCGAGGAGGCGGAGCGGGAACAGCGGCCGCAGCCCCCGCAGCCCCCGCAGCCGGCGGGGGUCGCGUGCGCCGUCUGCGGGGAGCUGAGCGGCGGGUGUCACCCGGAGCGCGGCAAGCCUUGGAAAAAAUUCCUAUAUUGUGAGCCACAUAAGAGAAUUAAAGAAGUGCUCGAAGAAGAACUUUUUAUUCAAAGAGAUGAAUGCCACAUCAAAAAUCCUUCUACAGUGGCUCUGGAAGGGAUCUGGAGCAUUAAAAGGAACUUCUCCGUGGGAAGCUUGAAGCCAGGAUCACAGAACAAAAACAGUUUACUUCCACAACCUAAAUACUAUUCCAGACAUGGAGGAAUAAGAAGAUAAGUAACUCUUCCAUUGAGAAGUCAUUUCUUUUGAUGUCCCAGGAGCUAAGAAGAAAUCUUAAGUACAUAUCCCAAUCUAUUUAAAAAAUUAAAAUGUUUUAGUCUAUA